AUGAAGAUAUUGGAAGAAAGAGAUAAGUUCUUGUGUAACUUUGAAGUGGCGGAACAUUUGAACAGUAUAAAAUCCAAAUAUAAUUGGACGUUUAAGGAAGAAGAAAAUGAUAAAAAGAAAAAUAAGAAGCGAUUCACCGCAUGCGGUUUAAAUUUGGAAGAGAUUACUAGAGAUUUAUCGUCAUACCUAGAAAAUAACUCUAGUUCAAUGAUAACAACACAAGAUGCUUUUAAAGAAUUAAUGAUUCAUUUAAAUUGCUUAGAACUAAUGAAGGUUGAAAAAUUACAAAUCGUCAACUCGUUACCGAGAUCAAUGGUUCACUUGUAUGCAUUAGUGGAAGAGUGUGAUCAAAGGUUUAAUGAAGAGACCUGUGAAGGUAUUAUAAAUAAAAUUAAUGAUCUUUUUCCUAUAGAAGAGCAGGAAGAAGAGGAAGAAGAAGAGGAAGGAGAAGGAGAAGAGAAAGAUGACCAAUUUGAAGACGCAGAAGACUUACAAUAG